AUGGACAUCUCGGAUGAUUCAGACUUUUAUGGUGACGAUGAGGUCGCAUCGCACCUCUUACAGCGUGUCGCCGACUUUGACGUGGACGAUUGGGCCCAGCAACAGCGAGAGCAUCCGGGGCGUCCGCAGCGCCAUACAAACCUCACCGACGAGGCCUCUCACCUGCACAAUCCAUAUGCCGGGAUAGAGUAUGCCUGGCAAUUAACGGAGACUAUUGACGACUUUCUCACGCGGCUACCGCCCGCAACAACGGACCAGACACCGGAGACGCCAUGGAUCUUUAUAUGUAACCCCUACAUCCCACGGGUUCACAAACAUGAGAGCCAAAGCCAAUUCUCCAAGGGAAAUGAGGAUGAGGCGCCUGAGGAAGAGGGUAGUAAGACGGCUAUCGUUGCUCAAGGUGGUCUGGAGAGGCUUCACUUGGUCACCAAGUUUAUCGAGGGGAUGCAGAGGUCGGGAAAGGCCAAGCCCAUUGUUGAGAGGGAAAUCAGAAAGGAGCAGAAGCAGGCUACCGACGACAUCCUCAAACUGGCCCAUCUCGCUAAGGUGCGAACAGGCAAAUGGCUGUUGUUCUGCCCGGCUUCGGAAGUCAACGAAAUGUGGGAGAUUGUCGCCAAAGCAACUGCAAACAAUGAGCUGGGCAUCGCCGCCAAGGUUGCGCCGCGAUCGCCAUUGGAGGAUCCUCGCAAGGAUCGCAUCCUAUGCAUAUACACAUCCGACUUUUCGGACAAGGCGGACGUUGGGCGCGUUUUGCAAAAGAUGCGCGAGCUGAAGCUGAUCGAGGCCAGAGGCCGUCCUAUAUAUUAUAAACCAGAUGCAUUCACAUAUAUUGGCAUUUCGCACGGCAAUGCGUGGGGGCUGAGGGCAUCUAUUUAUAGCUCUGGCGACAUAUUUCCUCGCCGAGCUUGA